AUGACGAGAUAUGGUAUGAGUGACAAUAGAAAAAACCCUUAUCAAGUCACAAAGUGUAAACGUGAGCGAAUAUUGGUACUCCUAGAAGAGAAUAAAUUACUACCUGAGUAUAAGACAAGGGUUGAAGAUGAAAUCAACUACUAUAUAGAUGAAGCUGCUUCAAAAAUAAAGCAAACAAGAAUCGAUGAAAGUGUGAACUGCAUCUUAAAAGAUAUUGGAACAAAAUAUAACAAGGAUACCAAGUUCCUCGAUAUAACAGAUGAGGAUGACAUAUAUGCUAUACACCAUGUCAGAUAUGAAGCAGAAGUAGUGUCCCCAUUUAUCAAACAACUAAAGAUUGAAUCCAUCAAAUUACGACUACAGGAAUUAAGUGAUCAACUGUCUACAGAAGGCAACAAUUUUAUUCCAAAGGCGAGGUCAUAUAAAUUCCUACGAGCUUACCAGUACCUACCAGAUAGAGAUAUACAAACAUAUGCAAAACGUCUUCAGAAAACAUUAGAUACACUAUUUCUAGCUUGCAUGGAAAAAAAGUACAGUUUGGAUACACACAUUAACUUUAUUGCUCCAUACGAGAAAGAUGCAUUGCAGAGUAUUCGACCAAGAAAUCCACAUGACUCUACUAUCGACCCCAUAAUACUAUCCCUUUAUUGGCAAAAACAAGAAAAAGACAUAGAUUUCGAAAUUGAAAACUUACAAAUCACUGGGAGAAGCUAUAGUAUACCACAAGGAAGAUAUAAAUGGCUAAAAUAUAACUGCAGUGCAAAAGUUCCAUACAACGUACAAAUGAAAGCAAAAAGAUAUAUCGAUAAUUUAGACAAAACGUUCGGAAAAGGAAAUUAUUCGGCUUGA